AUGUCAAGCCUUCAUGAUGAGAAGCGACUAUACUACUCGGAUGAGGACUCUCUAGAUUCUACCACCACAAGUCGGUCUACUAGGGAAUUAAAACCGUCGUUAAUCAUUCACCCGUAUCCCGGAAACGUCGCCAGGAUCAGAAAAUUAAUCGCCACGUACAAGAAUCAAAUGAACCUCCUGAGGGACAAUAUACAUCCCUCCGUCGAUGGCUUGAAAAUGCUGCACACGGCAGCUUGCUAUCUUGACUUGCCAGAGGGGAAUGACAAGCAGACGUUGAGGACCGAUGCGACCAAGAAGCAGCGGCAAAGGCAAGAACAGCUUAGAGAGCUGGCCAGACUUCGAGACAUGACGGAACGACUCGAGGAGGUGCUAAAAUUGGUUAACCGACCAGACAAGUUUCGGGAGAAGAUGGGGAUGAUCAAACAUCAUAUAUUGCUAGCCUGA